UUUUGAUUCUUGACCCAACUUGCACUUGUGUUCCACUCGUUUUAUUGCAAACUCUUCGUACUAUUUCCGUGCGCAAUCGUGAUGGGUGACUCACAUCCGAACUCGCCAUUUGGAGACUUUCCAAAAGGAAGACCACCUAUACGAUCGAAGAAACCGGCACCGGCACUAGCAUCAGAGGAAUCCGAAACUUUGUCUGAUGUUUUGAUGGAUACGUCCAGUCAAUCUCUGCACCACUCGAUUGCGGAAUCUUCGUCCCAUCAGGAUGUAGAUGCCAGCAUUGACGGAGACGACUCGAGACGGUCGGUAGAACCGGACGAGUUGGAGAUGGACUCGCCUCCACAGGACAAAUCAACGUCCAGAAGAAGCUCUAGCUACACGGAACCGACCACACCGCUAAAGGAAAGCCCCAAGAAACAGUCGAAAGGUGCCACUCCAGGACCGGAAGCUGAAAGUAGUAACACUUCGCUACUAGCGAUUGCUGGAGUAGUUAUAGUAGUAGUAGCGGCGGUGGCAAUUGCAAAGCUUUGGCUGUCCAAAACACCCUCAUUUAAACCCCAGCACUGUGACCAAUUCGUGACGCAACUCCGUCCCAAGUAUCCCACGAUCGAUCCGAUGCUGUGGACCACGCUCAACGUCAGCGUCAACCGAGCGCUGUACAGAAAACCUGGCGAACCAUCCACAUUUGUGUUCCUGUACGAUUCCGCCACGGUCCGCCAGAGUCUCGUCGAGGACAUCAUCGGCAUCACGUCCAAGUGCUUCGACAACACCCGACCGAUCCGGCUGACCAGCGCAGACUUUGAGACGCCCGAUAUUGCCGCCGAUUACAGCGCGUUCCUGCACCGGUACAAGCCGCAGCUGGAAGAGCGCGGCAUUAUGGUGGUGCAAGACUUGGACCAGGUUCCGGCGAAGGCUGCCCGGGCUCUGUUCACGAUCUGCGACUCGUACGGGCCGCUGGUCGAGCGAGCGGUCAUCUUCUUCACGAUUGAUAUCUCGCGACGUGCGGAGGAGGAUCCGGAUCAGUCACCGACGGCGAUAGCGGAAAAGUUGCUGCAAGACCAGUGGCGCAACGGGCUGAAAGUGGACACGCUGGUGCCGCUGCUGGUGCGGCUGACGGAGAAUGUGUUUAAAAUUAUUUGAGCGAGUGAGAGUUGUUGGUUCCUUUUUGAUUGUUUCAAUCGUUUGAUUUGAAUUGAUGAAUAAAUAUAAAUUUACAUAAGA